UUAAAGUAUUAUGAACUCUUGUUUUUUGUUUUCAUACUUCCGAUAAGUUCACGUAUGAGUCAAUAUCUAGUAAUGAUUUGAUUGGCGUUGUUGUUUUGUGACGUCAGUGGUUUUGUGUAUGUUCGUCAUUGCAAGAAACUUUUUUUGUUGUUAGAAGUGACACGUAGGCUAUUGUUGAUGAUAUGAAGAUAUCAUGUCUGUUCACUAUAAAUUUAAAUCUGCCCUUGAGUAUGAUACCGUCACAUUUGAUGGCCUUCAUAUCUCAGUACGAGACUUAAAAAAGGCAAUUCUUCACCAGAAGAGAAUUGGGAAAAACACAGAUUUUGACUUGCAGAUCACAAAUGCUCAAACGAAAGAGGUUUAUGUGGAUGAAAGUGCUCUUAUACCAAAAAACACAUCGUUAAUUGUUGCGCGGGUCCCACUAACUGCUCAGCAGAAGAAAGCUUGGGACCGCGCUGAAGCAGCUCAGCCUCUUCCAGCCUUGACAAAAGUGCAGAUCGAGCCCUUGACAGAUGGACAAGAUCCAGGUGUGAGCAAGCUAGCAAAGGCUGUUGAUCUAUCAAGCUUGGAUGCUAGUGAAGAAGACAAAAUCCAGGCAAUGAUGACACAGUCAACACAGGACUACAACCCAUCAAACUACAUGAAAAUUCGCGGUGCAAAUCAGAUGGGGGAAGUUCCUUCAAAUUAUCGUUGUUACAAAUGUCAUCAGCCUGGGCACUGGAUAAAGAACUGUCCUUUAGGCACAAACUUGGAACCAAUUGAAAUAAAAAAGAGUACUGGCAUUCCUCGUAGUUUUAUGGUUCCAGUUGAGGGACCAAGCGUACCUGGGGCCAUGAUGACACCAACAGGACAUUUUGCUGUACCAGCAAUAGAUCAUCAGGCGUACAAGGAAGGGAAGAAAGAGAAGCCACCAUUUCAGCAUGAACCAGAACCUAUUAUUCAGAAACCAGAAAUACCAGAAGAUUUACAAUGCUCUGUUUGUAAAGAUUUGCUAACAGAUGCUGUCAUGAUACCAUGCUGUGGCAAUUCAUUUUGUGAUGAAUGUAUCCGUACUGUACUCCUGGAGUCAGAAGAGCAUGAAUGUCCUGACUGUAAAGAAAAGGAUGUGUCACCAGAUACACUUAUUCCUAAUAGAUUUCUACGUACUGCUGUUAAUAACUUUAAGAAUGCAACAGGAUAUAACAAGAUAAACAGUAACUUGAGGCCUCUUGCGCCUCAUAGGCCACCACCUAACUUGCAGCCUAUGAAGCCUCCACUGGUUGCUGUUCAAACAUCAUCAUCAUCACCUUCGGUUGAAACAAUGGGGCAGGCAGUGCCAGUAAUUGGAGGUAUACCUCCGUCGUCAUUGCAGCAGGAGCCACCUCCAGAUUUCACCUCUGCUGCUUCUGACUCCCAUGAAUCUACAAUGGAAGAUGCUGCUCCACAGACAGUAACAGGGGCAUUGAUUGUUGUCCAAACUUGUGAGGCAACCAGCACAAUACCUGUGCUUGGGGCAACAACGCAGGAGUCAUCUACUUCAGCAGAGCAACGAACACAUUCAGUGAGAGAGCCCAUUGUACAUACAGAGACAACACAACCGUUGGCCCGCCCAGAGAUUCCAAUACAGCGACCAAUCACAACCACAUCAGUGACAGGAGCAGUGACUGCAGAAAGCAGGCAUCGUUCAGCUUCAGUGCAGCCUUCUGUAACCCCAGUUACAUCACUUGAAGGACAGCAGUCUUGUGUCCAUGAUGCAAAUGCGGGGUCAGUGAUAGCUGCAGAAUCUGGUGCACAAGCCAUCCCAUCAACUAUAGCUCCAUUAAGCUCAAAACCGAAGUCUACAUCACAGCACCAGGUGUUGGAAACAAUUCCUACUGCUUCAGCUAGUAAAUCUCGCUAUCCAUCUAGUCAAAGACGGUCUGUAGAAGAGCGACCUGGGACUCCCACCAUCGAUGAACAUACGUCAGAAACCACCACCCAUCCACCUGCUGCUGCAUUGCCAGAUACAUCAGUACCACCACCAAACUUUCCUCCAGGAGAAGAACAGCCACAGUCUACAUCAACUCAGCAACCACCAACCAACUAUAGUCACAUUCAGACAGUUGGUUCUAGAUCACGUGGACCCUCAGUAUUUAGGCCGGACCACCCGUUUCCACCACAGCAUCGGCUUGGUGGCCAAACAGUGGAACACAUGCAUCCACGCCUUAUGCCAGUGCCAACAUCAGAUCACAGUAGAAACUUCCAUUCUCGGCCACCACACGUCAGUCAGCCAGCACCUGCUGGUGGUUUCCCUCCUCGUGUUCCACCACCUAAUUUUGAACAUGGUUCAGCACCAUUUCCUCAUGAAUCAGGAUCACGGACGUCACACUAUGAAGUGGACCGGGAUGGGCCUCCAGUUGGGAGAGGCGGCUAUCGUGGCUUCAACAGAGGAAGAGGUCGAAUGAUGCAUGGCUAUCGUGGAGGCCACCUACACCACCAGCCACCACCCCCAGGUUUAGGAAGAAAUGUUCAUAAUGGUAACCAGGCAGGAGCUAUAGAGGACCCUCUGGAAGCAUUUGAGCGCAUGUUAAGAGAAAAAGAUGACAGGGAUAGGAAGCUGCGGAAGACAAGGCGACCAUCUCGUUCUCGGUCUCGCAGUUUCACACCAAGAUCUCGUAGUACCAGCACACGCAGCUAUACGAGAUCACGUUCGCAUUCACGUACUCCACACAGUCCACGCUCUAGGACACCACGAUCUCGGACCCCACGUUCAAGGACACCCAGAAAAAGGUCGAGGACCAGAACAAGAACAAGGACGAGAACGCGAUCACGCACCAGGUCACGAUCAUUUACAAUAAGCAGGUCUCGUUCUCGUUCAUUCUCUCGCUCUCCAACACCAAGAGUACAUUCCCCACGUGAAAGAGAUUUCUCUCCAAGGAGAAAAGGGUCAUCUCGAUACCGCACUCCAACACGUUCUCCAGCAAGGUAUCAACGCCAGUUCAAAGACGCUCGUACAGAUUUCGAGGCAGCUCCAUACUUUGAGGGUGACUACCAGUAUGGGACAAGUGGCAGCAGGGGCCGUGGUGGUCGAUUCGGACAGAGAAAGGACUUCAACAAAGAUUAUUUUGAUCAGAACUACAGCAGGUUUGGCAGUGAUAACAGAUUUCCUGAACCUGCCUCUACCCGAGAAGUUCACCAUCGCAUUGAACCAUUACAUACUGUGCCAGCAAACAUAACACGAUUCAGUGCGCAAGCAAAUUACCGCCGCUAUGAUCGCUAUCCAGAUGUGGCUCCCCCAGGCACUGAGACAGAAUUGCCAACAUUGGUCUCAUUUGACAAGCCCCAACAGAGGUAUGACCGUGGCUAUGAAAGACAGCCUGGUUAUGAUAAUCGGCAACCACCUGAAGAAUUCUUAACACCACCUGGUGUGGACCAUCGUCAGCCGGAACCUAUGAACUACAUUGGUUCUACACGAGAUAGAGACACUACGGGUAAUAGGGAAAGAGAGGUUAUUCCUCCAGGUGUGCGUGAGCGAGAUGUUUUACCUGUGACACGUGAUAUAAAUAAUACAGUCACACGUGAGAGAGAAAUACCGGGAACAAAUGUAAGAAACAGGGACCGUGAUUUUGCUGUAAGAGAUAGAGACUGGGAUGUACGAAAAAGGGAUAAUGAAGUUCCAGUUGUCAGGGAUAGCAUACGUGCAGUUCGUGAGCAGGAUGUCAAUGAUAGAACUCGGGACAAGGACAGAGACAAUAACGAUAGGGAGAGAGUCCAUGACAGGGAUUAUUACGAAGCAGAUCAUCAUCGUUUCUACGAGUAUAAAUCCUUUGCAUACAAUUCACCUGACACCAAGAAGCGAAGGCAGUCAUCUUCACCUCUUAGGCACGGGGGUAGUAGGGAAAGGUAUUCAAGUGGUGAAAGACAUCACAAACAUGGUAGGAAUGGUAGCCAUGGUAACAGACGAAGAAAUAUGCAGCGUGAUGGAGGAAAGGAAAAUCACCAUUCAUCACAACAACCUCUUUCAGCUUUAGAUGUUACUCGUGAGAGGGAAAAAGAUCGUGAGAAGGAUCAACGGGAAAGAGUUCUUGUGGAAGUUAGGAAGGAACCGUCAGUGGAACAAGAAAGAGUGGAAAAAGAGAGAGUGGAAAAAGAGAGAAUUGAAAGAGAGAGAGUGGAAAAAGAUAGGGUGGAAAAAGAUAGAGCUGAAAAAAGUAGAAUUGAAAAAGAUAGAAUUAGAAAAGAGGAUAAAACUAAAAGAGAAGAAGACAAAGACAAGGAGAAGAAAAGUAAGGAGAAGAAAAAGAAAAAGAAAGAGAAAGACGGUGAUGGUGAUAGGAAGAAGAAAAAGAAACAGAAGGAAAAACGAGAUAUUCGGAAGGAAGGAAUUGAAGGUGGAAAGGGACAACAAAAGGUAAAAUAUGUAACUGAAAGACCAAUCAAAGUUGUUCACAAACCGGAACAUGAAAUUCAAGAAAAUUCAGAACUAUCGGAAUCCCACACUCCCGAAAAACCAUGUCCUGUAUUGCUUUCGAAACCACAACCAGUAGAAGAAAAAUCAAAACCUCUUCCCAUUAGUACUGUGAUCACAGAUAAGGCAAAAGGAGUAUUGCUUAGGUCCUUUGAUGCGCCUGCAUCAUCCACCAUUAUUGAUGGACUAUAUGCCGAUAUUGAUGAUGCUAGAAUUGAUGAUACUGUUGUGGCUAGAUAUGGCAAAGUCAUUCCAAAUGUAAAAGUACUUUCAGAAGCAGUAGAAACUAGCACUGAAGUUGCAGAGGCAUGUGAAGUUACAGAAAAUGAAGCAAAUGAGGUACAAACUGGAGAGAAUGUGAAAGAUGAUGACAGUGAUGCAAUAAAGAAAGAAGAAACGGAAUCCGAAUCUAAAGCAAUGUCAUCCUUAGAUACGGAUCAAACAACUGAGACAAGACCUAAUGUAAUGCUGGCUCCACUGCCAGAACCUUCGAAGUGGGAGCUUGAUGAGGAAAUUCCCAGUCAAACAUAUGAAGAUAAAAGUGGUGAUGAAAGAAUUAGCAAUUCUGCAUCUUCUGAAAAAUCAGGAAAAAUAGUUACAUCUGAAGUUCUAAAACGUGCUGAGAAUGCAAUUUUUCAGAAAGCAAUUAAUGCUAUUCGUCCCAUUGAACCAAUGAAGAAAUUACCUGCUGAAAGAAAGGUUUAUGCUGCCACAGAUAAAGAUAAAAGAAUUUCAGGAGAUACAGCUAUCUCAGAAUUAAUUGAUGAUAAGAGAAAGUUAAUGGAAAAAGAUGCACGUGAAGCAAGAAAAACAGCCAAUUCUAUACAGAUUACAAUACCCAUUGCAGGUCAUACAGAACGGUCUGUGGAAGUCUCUCCUGUGCAGUCAGUAGCAAAUAUUAGUAAGAGUAAAACUAAGUUAGACAGAUCUAAAUUUGCUUCUACAAGUUCAUGGGGUGAGGGAAAUGAAAACACUUCACCACAAAGGAUAUCUGCAAAAGAGCGUCUGGGAGCAAGAGUUGAUUCAGAAAUUACCAAAAGUAAGGAAGAUGGACGAGAUAAAGAAAGGCACGAUGUGCUUCAACAGGGCAGCUACAGUGAUAAAGAUGACAGACGACGGAAACUCUUAAGAAACAGGAGUAGGAGCGACAGCAGGGAAAAAGAAAGAAUAUCAAAACAUACCAGUAGAAAGGGGCUCAAGAGUGCCGUAGAGCGAAGACGCACUAUUUCCAGAUCACGAUCUAGGACGCCUCAUAUGAAACUGCAACCUAUUGAUCGUGGGAGAGAACUCAAGGAUAUGUCUCGUUACCCAGAUAUUUUAGACAGGAGAUAUGAGGUUCCUGUGGACCUACGAGAUCGUAAACAUUCUGAUACAAUUGAUUUACGAAGAAAAUAUGGUGAUGUAGACUCCAGAAGCAGAAGGGAGAGAGAAACUCGGGAACUACGAUAUGUGGACAAUGAUAGGGAAAGACGAUAUGUGGAGUCUACAAAAAGAACAGAUACUCGAGAACAGCGAGACAGACGAAAUGUGACACCUGAGAAAAGGAGAGAGCGAAGUUUGAGCAGGGAAAAAAGAAGUGAAAAAUUCAAGCAGAGGGAGGAAAGGGAGAAAGAAAAAUCUGUGGAAGGUGGUAAAGCAAAACACAAGACAAAGAGGAAGGGUAAGACACGAAGAUCUGGAAGUGAAAGUAGGAAUAGAAAGAAGUCUGUGUUUGAUAGGGAGUUAAAACGAAGCAAAAAGAGAGAGAAGAAACAUAAAAAAGAGAAAGUAAAGAAACACAAACAGAAAGUGGAGAAAGAGGAGAAGAAGGAUGAAGAUGAAAGUAUUGUGGAUAAAGAACCUCUGAGAGAAACAGAUCCACUGGCAUCAAAAGAUUUCAAAGCUAAUCCAUCUAACGAAAGUGAAAUGCAACAAGAAGAAGAAAAUUUGAAAACAACCAGUAACACAAACAAUUCCAAAACUGACACAGUUAGUGAGGUGACAAAAGAUAAAGCACGUAAAGGUCUCAGGAGAAACCCAAGACUUGCCAGUGACCGCAAAAAAUCAACUUUGGAUGAAGCCAAUUUUGAACCUGACUAUGAUGCCUCUUCAUCUGCUGAAAGUGAUGCGGAUGAAACAGUUGAAAUGGAAAAACGAGGUGAAACAGAUAGAAAGUCAGCUUCAUCAACAACGAAAGCAGAAUCACCACCAAAGAAACGAGAGAGAUCUGGUAGUAUUGAAGAUCAGUCUACUGGUUCUGAGAAGAAAAGACAGAAGGCAGAAAAGGAUUUUACUGAUGAAACAAAGAAGAAUGUUAAACCAACUAGCUCAAAAUCUAAUAAGAAAAGAGGACGUUCAGUCAGCAGUUCCAGAGAUGAGACCUCAGAUGAAGAUAGUUCUGAUGAGAGUUCCAGUUCUGUUACUUCUAGUAGCUCUGAGGAAGAAUCAUCAGACGAUUCCUCAUUCAAACGACAAAGAAAAAAGAAAUCACACCGUAGACGCCAUAGGCGCUCAAAGAAAUCAUCACGCCAUGCAGAAACGAGUAGUGAAAGUGAGUCAGAAUCAGAGUCCGAUGAUGGUUCUAGUAGUGAGUCAGAUGGUGGUAGGAGCAGAAAGACUCAAGGAAGAAGUAAAAGAAGACAUCAUCGCAACAAAGCUAAAACUUCAAAAAAGAAGAGGAAAUCAAAACAUCGAUAAAGAACAACUUCUUGAAGUGUGUAGAUAGUGUAAGUAUGUGAUAUUGUCAUAAGAAAAAUGUGCACUUUAAGACAGUAUGUUUAUGUAGACUAAAGUCUUAAGUAUGCAUGGAGUGCAAGAAGUGAAAUGUGUUUGUUAAUCCACUGUAGUAAAAUUAUUGGAAUUUGCUCAGUAUGUGAGCAAUUUAGUGAUACAGAAUGUGUCUCCAGCUGUUAGAAACAGUGAUACAUUCGUGGCUGGUAUUCAUUUCCUACAAUGAGGUACAUUGUAUAUAUGAAGAAAAGAGACAGAAAAUAUAUUUCCUUUGCUUACAUUAAAUAUGUGUUAUCAUUUUGUAUAGCACCACAAUUAUAAAUAAUUAAUGUAUAUGAUGUGCUCAGAAAUUCUGGGGAUACGUUAGAGGCAAAUAGAGAUCGUUAUUUUGUUUAAACCACUGCUUUCUAUGGAACUGAUAAGAUUUGUAUAUAAAUUACUUAAAGUACAAGAUUUGAAGUAAGAAGUGGAACUUUAAUGAUUUUGAACAAUUCUAGCUUAGUGUGCCUCGCUCAUUUGUAUUUAUCUGUCAGUCUCAUACUUUUUUUUAACAUACAGUUGUAUUUUUUUCUUAAUCUUUUUACUGCCACGGUGAUUUUAAGAGUCAUGCCUGUCCAUUCACAUAUACCAAUAAUAAUAUAUAACUGCAUCUCAGAUUUUCAUCAAGUUACAUUAUUUGUAAUAGUUUUCAGACUACACCUCCCGUUUUUCAUUGUGUCCGUAGUGGCUGUGCAAAGCCAAUACUCUGACACUUCACAAAUGCUGAAUGACUGUAGUUAUUUUUAUACACAUAUAUAUGCAUUUUCCCAUUUGCUUUAAUGUUUUCAUGUAGCUCAGGUCUUGCAAAUACUGAAAAAAUAUGUAUGGUUUUGUAUUUUUGUAUGUAAAAUGAGAAGACUGAACACAGAAAGUGGUUAGGUACACAAAAGGACAUAAAAUCAACACAGGAUAUGUACAUUGCCAAAAUUUAUGUUCUUCAAUAAACUGUAAGUUUGUCAGUAUAUAUAAA